GUGUGGUUGGUCUUCGCCAGUAUGCCAGGGAAGGCAAUUGUUCCUAUGGCAGCUUCGUGCUCGAAGAUCUUCCCAAGCUUGAAGAAGAUCUCACGGCAGCUCGAUUCGAAGACUCUGUGCCUCAAGACGCCAAGUCCUCGUACAACCUCAUCGCCUUCCCGGGCGAGUCCAACUUCAGUGGGGCUCGAUGCGACUUGUCCUGCGUGCAGCGGCUGAGGACCGGAAGCCUGAGAUGGAGAGUGCUGCUGGAUGCUGCCAAGCUUGCCUGCUCUCCUGGCGCUCUGGAUCUCAAUCAAUGCCACGCUGACUUCACAGUGGUUUCCUUCUACAAGAUCUUCGGAUACCCUACUGGUCUUGGGGCAUUGCUCAUUCGGCAUGAUGCCGCGCCUCUGAUCACGCCGCAGGCAGACCUCACAGGAGGCCCGACGCGGCAGGGGGGUUUUGGGGGCCCUGGAAGACCUCUCUACUUUGCAGGUGGCUGUGUCUCGUCUCUGUCGGCUCUCUCUUCGUUCGCGAUCCCGCGUCCCAAUUUAACGGAGUGGUUGGAGCGGGGUACACCUCAUUUCCUGGGCAUUGCAUCUCUGCCGGCGCAGCUUGAGUCAGUGAGGGCGCUUGGCCCCGACCAUGUGCGGUGUCGGCAUGCGAUGGCCGUCGGUAGAGAGGCAUACCUCCGCACUGCACGACUUCGCCACAGCAACGGACUCAAAGUUUGCACGAUUUUCGGCAGGCACGAUGAGGAGAACUGGAGCGAGGUGCAAGGGCCAACGCUGGCACUAAGUUUGCAGUAUGCUAACGGAUCACCGGUCCCUUAUGCGAUUGUCGGUGAGAGGGCGGCGGCAAGGCAGAUCGUGAUCCGCACCGGUUGCCACUGCAAUGCAGGGGGGUGUCAGAAGUUUUUAAAUUUGGAGGACACUGACAUCCGACAUUUCUUCGCAUCCGGUAAAGUCUGUGGAGACGAUAAGGGCCUUGUGGAUGGUCGACCAACUGGCGUGGUUCGUGUUUCCUUUGGCCUGUACUCCACACUAUCGGACGUUUGCAGCUGGAUAUCGCUUCUUACCGAGUUCGUGGACAUGAUGCCGCCAGACUGCUUGGAAGACGGCUGCAAGCUCCCAGCUGACUUGGCUUCGCCCUCGGCUACAACCGAGGCUCCAGCGAUUCACUUGCAUCCGCAUGCGGGUCCAGCCCUUGGAACCGUGAAGGCUCUGAAGGUUUAUCCCGUAAAGGGCUGUGGACCGCUUCGGGUCGAGCGCUGGCCUUUGGAUGCUGGGGCACUCUUUUUGGACCGGCGUUGGUGCCUGAAGCUUGAGGGCAGUGGAUUUCGGGCCGUCAGUGCCAAGCAAGCACCGCGGCUAACGACCGUGAGGAUGUCUUUGAGGAAGGGGGAGAAUGCCUUCGUGCUGGUCCUGUCCACCAAGUAUCAUGCCAGCGCUCUGGAGCUACCUCUGAGUAAGCGCGACUCUGACUUCUUGCGCUCUGCAGGUGUCGAGCCGCAACUCGAUCCGUGGGAGAACGGACCGCCUAACUUCCGCCAGACGCAUGUCGAGUCGCCUGAGGCCUGGUUCGAGCAGCUGCUUGGCAUCCAGAAGCUGCGACUUACUGAGGCCUCCGUGGCCGAUACUUCUGCAGGGGGCACGGGGGAGGCACCAGCAACAGCAGACAAGACGGACUUUGCAAAUGCCCCGAAGACGCUGUUGCUAGUGUCCACGGCCUCGCUGAGGGAGUUCGGGCGGCUUUGUGGGCUGCCAGUGCCUGCAGAUCGCUUCCGAGCGAACCUGGAAGUCGACUUCGCAGAGCCCUACGAGGAGGCUUCCUGGCCUGCGGGUUUGCCACUACAACUGGCAAACACGACCUUCGAAGCGGCAGGGCGCUGUGUGCGGUGCCAGGCCGUGGACAUCGACCCUGCGGAUGCUAGCUCCCAAGGACCUUCUCUCUUGGCGGCAUUGGCCACAGCGCAACCAGGAUCUGCGGCCAAAGGACCUACCUUCGGCGUGCUCCUGCGGACUUCCGAAGCCGGACUUCCCGCACACCACAAUCCGCCUCUGUUGGAGGUCGGCAUGGCCCUACGCCGGGCAGGCAAGUCUCUCUGA